AUGGUGACGUUGGAGACGCACCAGAGCCAGGAGCUACAGGUCCCCGCUCUGGACCAGGUCUCGGGUCUGGACCAGGUCUUGAACUCGGGGCUGGGUCUGGUCUCGGGUUUUGACGCAGGUCUGGACUCGGAGCAGAACCAGGACUCGGGACCCAACGCCAUCACGGUCCUGACGCUGUUGGACAAACUGGUGCUAAUGUUGGAUUCUGUGCAGAAAGACCAGCACAACAUGGAGGUGCACCAGGUGCAGAUGGAGGCGGUGGUCAGGGGGAUCCAGGCUGAUAUGACCAAACUGUCCAAGAGCCACAGUCACACUGCAAACACUGUGAGCAAACUGCUGGACAAGAGCAGGAAGCUGAGUGUGACCAUGAAGGAGGUUCGCUCUCAGAUGGACAAACAGAAUGUUCAGGUGAAAAAGCUGGAGAUGAACCACAACCACCUGAUUGACCGCAACCAGUUUAGAGUACUCAUCUUCCAGGACCAGACAGAGAUCCCGGCCUCGGUCUUUGUCAAAGACUCACCGCCGUUUCCUCGUGAUGACAUCACGGAGGAAGGGGAGGGGCUUGAGACAGGGGGGGCGGGACUUCAUACCAUCGACCUAUCGUCUGAUGAGGAGGUGGGAUUGGAGGCGGAGCCAGAGGAGGACUGGAGUCAGGACCUGGACCUGGAGCUGGAGCUGGGACCGACCAGAGCCGAGAAACUGAAGAGGAGCAGUCUGAAGAAGGUGGACUCUCUGAGAAAGGCCUUUUCGAAGCAGAACUUUGAGAAGAAAAUGACAAAAAUUGGGACCAAACUGGUUUCAGCUGAACAGAAGCUGAAGAUCAAGUCUCCGGUGUUUGGACUCAAGAAGUCUCAAGCUUCUGCUGAGGUGUCUGAGAUGUUUGAUGUCCCAGAGGAGAUCCAGGAGGAGGUCCAUCAGGUCCAAGAGGAGGUCCCUCAGGUCCAAGAGGAGGUCCCUCAGGUGCAUGAGGAGGUCCCUCAGGUCUCUGCUGAAGCUCUACCCCAGACUGAAGCUGUAUCUGUGGGAUAUCAGGACCAGGACCAGCUGAACCCUGAGGGAGUGAGUCCAGACUACGCCCUGUCCUCCACACUGCCCCAGGACCAAGACCAGGACCAGGACCAAGACCCGGAGCAGGACAAGGAGAAAGACCAGGAGCAGGACCAGGAACAGAAUGUCAAUCUGCAGCAGAAAGACCAGGACCAGGACCUGGUCUGA